CGAAAAUCAGAAUGAACAGAGGUGAAGCGAUAACUGCAAAAUUGCGCGCAUCACGUCGAAGACAUCCACGUGCUUCACGUGCCUGUGAAACUUGUCGCGUUCGCAAGACGAAAGUACUGUAUUCUUAUUUUGCAACCACCCGCUGCCAGUAUACUAGAACUGCCCUUUCAAGGAUAACUGGGCUAAUUACAUCAUGAUAGUGUGACCAAUCGCAGCCAUGCUCCUACUGUGCUUAUCACGCGCUUGACUGUGUUUACAGAGCUCCUGGCCAAAAUGAAAGCUCAACACCAACAGUUAAAAGGCAUGCCCAAGUCAGGGGAGUGGAAAGGUUGGCAAUUCUCUCCCCUAUACCUGACUGGCCUUCAUGUCCUUUUGACCAUUUCAAUACUGCUAGGGCACCUAGAGAUCAAGUUCGGCCAUCUCCGUGGCCGGAGGUGAGUUCACCCAACCAAUUGACCUCGCAUCACCGUGGUCCUUUAGAUCUCCUUGCUGGAGAAGCGGCACGUGCGCCUCGUACGACUAUCAGCCGCAAUGCUACAUCGCCCGGAUGUUCUAGUCCCAAAAAUGGGAAUGAUGUCUUAGCUG